UCCGGACAUGCGCAGAACGUGCAGAGGAACGCCUUCUUCUGGAUUUAACACCGGUGCGAGAUUUUGGCGCCACGUGUGGAUCAUAUAUAUGUUCAAGAUCAGUUCGGGAUUGAGGAGUCCUACUUUUUAUCCUCAAGAGAAGGGCAUUAUUAUUGAAGAAUGGAAGAAGAUACACAUUAUAGAAUCAGGUUUAGUUCUUUGUGUUUCAUCAAUGAACAUGUUGGAUUUCAGGGUACUAUAAAAAGCUCACCUGGUGACUUUAUUGUUAUUGAGAUCGAUGAACAAGGACAGUUAGUUAAUAAAGCCAUUGAUGAACCAAUUAAUGCAGUUAGUAAAAUACCUGAGCUGAAUAAUUUUGCCAAAAAGCCAAAAUUAGAUCUUCAAAAUUUGUCCUUUGAAGAUGGAAGUUACCAAGAACUUAAUACUUUGUCUAAGUGCUCUGAUGGUGACCAAAAUCACCAGUCUAAUUCAGAAAAAGAAGAUACCAUCAGUGAUAGGACUUCCAAGUGUGAAGAAGAAAAAGCUGAUGUAUUAAACUUCUUUUUAGAUGAAAAAACAAAUGAAUUACUGAAUCAGUUUGCCUGUGAUGUAAAAGAGAAAUGGAAUUCAGAAACUGAGCUAAUUGGGCCAUCUCCUGAAUUCUCAUUAGGCAGGAUUCUUGACAAAAACCAAAGGGCUAUUUUACACAGUGCUAUUAGGCAGAAAUUUCCUUUCUUAAUAACUGUAGGAAAAAACAGUGAAAUUGUUAUAAAACCAAAUCUUGAAUAUAAAGAACUUUGCCAUUUGGUAUCUGAAGAAGAAGCACUUGACUUUUUUAAGUAUUUGGAUGCAAAGAAAGAAAAUUCCAAAUUUACCUUUAAGCCUGAUGCAAACAAAGACCACAGAAAAGCUGUCCACCAUUUUGUCAAUAAGAAGUUUGGAAACCUUGUGGAGACCAAAUCUUUUCCUGAACAGACUUACAGUGCUGGUGAUCCAAAUGUAGUAAUAACAGUAAGAUUUCGGGAAAAAACAAAGCACAAGAAAAGGUCUCUUCUUGAAUGCCAGGAAAGAAAAGUGAUAUAUACAGCUUUUACCCUACGAAAGGAAAAUCUGGAGAUGUUUGAAGCAAUUGGUUUUUUAGCUCUCAAACUUGGUGUGAUUCCUUCGGAUUUUACUUAUGCAGGCCUUAAAGACAAGAAAGCCAUCACCUAUCAAGCAAUGGUUGUGAGAAAAGUGACUCCAGAGAGGUUGAAAAAUAUUGAAAAAGAAAUUGAAAAGAAAAGAAUGAAUGUGUUUAAUAUUCGAUCUGUUGGUAAGCCCCUUAGACUUGGACAGCUCAAAGGAAAUCACUUUAAUAUUGUCGUCAGAAAUUUACAAAAUCAAAUAAAUGAUUCUGCAAAUUUGAAAGAGAGAAUUUUUGAGGCGAUAGAAAAUGUUAAGAAUAAAGGUUUUGUGAAUUACUAUGGACCACAGAGAUUUGGGAAGGGAAGGAAAGUUCAUACAGACCAAAUUGGAUUGGCUUUGCUGAAGAAUGAAAUGGUGAAGGCCAUAAAAUUAUUUCUUACACCAGAAGACUUGGAUGAUCCUGUAAAUAGAGCAAAGAAAUAUUUUCUUCAAACUGAGGAUGCUAAAGGCACACUUUCAUUGAUGCCUGAAUUCAAAGUUCGAGAGAGAGCGUUGUUGGAGGCAUUACAUCGCUUUGGCAUGACAGAGGAGGGUUGUAUCCAGGCAUGGUUCUCUUUUCCCCAUUCCAUGCGCUUAUUCUAUAUUCAUGCAUAUAGCAGCAAAAUUUGGAAUGAGGCAGCGUCUUACCGACUUGAAACCUAUGGAUCAAAAGUAGUGGAGGGUGAUUUGAUCUGUUUGGAUGAAGAUGUUGAUGAGCAUUUUCCAAGUACUAAAGUUCAUCUGGUGACGGAAGAAGAGGAAUCAGCUAACACAUAUACAAUACACCAGGUGGUUCUUCCCGUACUUGGAUACAAUAUUCAGUACCCGAAGAAUCAAGUAGGGCAAUGGUACCAGGAAACACUUAGCAGAGAUGGACUACAGACAUGUAGGUUUAAAGUACCUACUCUGAAACUGAACGUACCAGGAUGCUAUAGACAGAUUUUGAAACAUGCCCAUAAUCUCUCAUACCAACUAAUGGGAGAUCAUGAUGUCAAAAUGGAAGGUUCCCACAUCGAUGAAUCAACUUUAUCUCUUUUGAUCUCUUUUAAUCUUGAUGCUUCAUGUUAUGCCACAGUUUGUCUGAGGGAAGUAAUGAAGUAUGACAUUUAAAACUGAUACCCUUAAAUAAAAAAAAAACUAACUGAUACCCUUGAUAUAAUUGUGUGUGUGCCAGUCAUUGAAGGAAAGGUAGCUAAAAUUUCGUGACUGUCUACCAUAUGCUAGGAGCUUCGUAAUUGUUGUCUCCUUUGAUUUUUCACAGCAUCCUGAGAAGUUGGGGAAUUUGAUGCUUUAAAGUUCCAGGGGACAUAUAGUAAGUAAGUGUCAGGGUCUGAAUUUAAGGUCUGUGUGAAAGCCUAUGUUGUUUCUAUUUUAUCAUGCUUCAGUGAACUUUAUUCUGUGUCAUAAAGGUGCCAAUUGUUUUAAACUGUUAAUACCAUAUAUUGCUGUAAGCUAACACUUAAGAUAAAAAUUGUGAAAUAGUA